AAGGCAGCUCGAACAUUAUGAUGGGCUCAUUGCUCGUUAAGUAAUCAUAUUGCAUAGGUUGUGGAGCCAUGAAGCUUGUGUCACUAGAAAGGUUUGAAUUUUAUAUUGUAUGUCGAAUAGAUAAGUAAAGCUUCGAUAGCACUUUGAGCUUCGUAACAUUCGUUACAAAAUUUCUUUUCAUGAAACAUUGAAAGUCUUAACAUAACUCGAUCAAAAUGACACAACCAAGCACAGCCUGUUGCAAAGGUACUCCUGUUCCCCUGCAUGGACCGGAAUAUAAGCUCAGCGGCGAGUUUAUCGACAUUGACGGGACGAAAUACUGUAUACAUGCCCUUUCUCUCACUCGAGGCUCACUAACAAUACCAUGCAGACAUGAGCGGACCUGAGAAUGCUACAUCUGCUAUUCUUCUGGUUUACGAUAUCUUUGGUUUCUGGACACAAACACUUCUUGGUGCUGAUAUUCUCGCUGCCACCAAAACUUCAUCAUCCCCUCAUGGCAUAAAAGUAUUCGUGCCCGAUUUCUUUGGGCCCGGCAAUGAAGCUGACAUUGCUUAUUGGCCUGCGGAUACAGAUGAGAAGUGGGACUAUAUCUUAAAAGUAUUUAGGGAGCAGGCAGAAAAAGAGAAGAAUCUGAAAAAGCUGGAGGAGUUUAUGAAUAUUUUGACAAAGAGACAUGAGGCAAGGAAUGUGAAGAGUUGGGGUGUUGCGGGAUAUUGCUGGGGCGCAAAGGUUCGUAAUUGAUGCUUAGGACGCUGUUCGAUGAAGAAAGUCAAUCAGGUAAACACCAGCAUGAAGUACUAACUAGUUGCAAAUAGAUAGUGACAUUAGCUUCGCAAGAAGGGACUAUCUUCAAGGCAGGAGCUCAAACGCAUCCGUCAUUGGUAGACCCUGAGGAUGCCAAAUUGGUAACGAUUCCACAAAUUGUUUUACUUAGUAAGAACGAAGAUAAAGAGGUUUGUCAUGGUCCCAACAUGAGAUAGAAUCCUGCUGAUGAAAUGCUUGUAGCAAUGCAAAGCAUAUGAAAACAACAUGAAGGUCGACAAGUACUUUGAAGCUUUCAAUGAUCAGGUGCAUGGUUGGAUGUCUUCGAUGUAAGUUACUGCUCCUUGACUUUCUGAAGCGACUUACUGAUCAGAAUCAAUAUUUAGGGGAGACUUGGAGAAUCCAAGGACUCGUGAAGAGUACUAUCGUGGAUAUAAGUUGUGGAGUGACUUCUUUGCUAAUUAUCUAUGAAUUGUUUGGGAAGACUUCAAAACAAACAAACAAACUCGAGCUAGCGCCCAACAGUCCCAUGUAUGAUGUCGAAUUAUGAUUUAUAUGUAAAUGUUCUUAGCAGAAGACAGAUAAGGGAAUCACCGGAGAGAUAUUGGUCCGGACAUAUCACGUGGUUGAAUGGCGGCUUCCCCGCGUUUGCGUUGAAUUAAGUCAACUCUAUGUUCGGCCGUUUGACCGUUCGAUUCGAAUAGUGAUGAAUACGAUUAUGACGUUAAUUUGUGUCACGGCAAUUCAAAAGCUUUUUAUUAUCUUGAGACUUCCAACCCCCCUGUAAAAAGCUCAAGUCCCAACCAUCGAUGGCAUGGUGAGCAUCGGGGAAGAGGCGAUAACCCUGAUGAAACAGGCUCUGCUGGUGGUGUCGGGUCCGACUCGGAUGAUUUCCUCUAUAUAAUCAUCUUCGACGAUCUCAGGGGAACAAAGUCCAGUGAAACUUUUCGAAGUGCUUAUUGGGGAACCUUUGAUUUCAUUGGAAUCAAGGUUGACUCGGAGUAAAUAUCCGCCUUCACGAGUGGAAAGUUGUUCUUACUCGUUUCCCUGCCGUGAACCUUUAGACUUCACCAGCAGUGGUGGCAGAGAUGCAGAGAUGCAGUAUUCUCGGAAUCUAAACGCGUGAAGAGUCGUUUCUCGUUUCUUACGGAAGGCGGAAACUCGGAUAUCAUCAUACUAGACAAAUGAUGAUAUCCAUGCGAGGAUAUUAGCAAAUUAAGGUUACUUCAGUGCUUUUCGU